CCUUCACUUCCGGGUCACGUCUCCUCUCAUGCUGCAUCAAGCAUGGCACCAAGAAACAAGUUCCGUAAGAAACCCAGAGCGGGUUUUAAGGUGCGUUUCCAGCCCGAAGAGAACGACAUGGAGGCUGGAAACAGUGGAGGAGAGGAAGACGAGGAGCCAGCUGCGAGUAACGAUGAAAAAGGGGCGAAGAAAGACGAAGAGUUUAGCCUGGAUGAGGUUUUACGGCUGGGAGGAACUCAGGUAAGAGAAACAGCUUCGAGUCCUCUCACCUGGUUUAUUUCUAUUUCACAUGGACUCAGAACCAAAACUUAAACAUCUGGGUUCACGACAUCAGCUUCUUAUCGACUGACUGUACUGACAAAGAUAAACACAGUGGUAAACACAUGACACUCAAUAUAUCGCACAUCACAACGAUAAUAUCGCGAUUCGGCAUUUUUGUUAUAACUGACCAGUCCUUUAACGGUGCCAUUAUGAUGUAUAAGGAAACUGGAUUCAGCCAAAUUAAUUAAAUGAAUUACCCUUUUUUGAUACCUGCUGACUGAAAAACACAAUUCAGGGUGUUAAAGCAAUACAAUGUUGAUAUUUAUCUCCUCUCUCCUGUAAUAUGAACCUGAAGAGAGUGUGACUUAAAGCUGCUGAUUUGCAUUGAUUUUGAUUUUGGAAUAAAACAUUCUGUUCAACAGCUGUUCAUGCAUACAUCAUGUUUACUGACAACAAAUCCAUCCUGCUGUAUUUUAACUUAGUAAUAAGAACUCUAACAUAGAAAUAUAAAACUUUAUAAAAGAGGGAGGUAGGAACUCAUCAGCUCGACCCACCAGGGUGUAGACUAGGGUUUGGACAUGUCUAAGGACUACAGAAAUCCUUGUUGUUGCUGAUGGUCUCUUUAACUCUUUCGGGUCUCCAAAAAAAAACACUAGUUUAAUGUCAACAUAUUUCAUCAGCAGAUUAAAGGGAUAUUCCGGAGUAAAAUUAAUUUAGGGUCAAACACACCGAAACACCGAGUUAGACACCCCCUCGAGAGAUGAAUGUUGCCGACCACUUGCUUCUCUAGUUAUACCAACUUUGGUAACGACUGCAGGAGAGCAAUACACAGUGGUCUGAGGAGCCAUAACAAUAGUACUAGCUACCAAACAUCUUUUUAACUUCGCCUGAUUUUUUUGGCAAAAAGACUAAACACAACUCACCCUCUUUCUUCUAGCAGCCGUUUGUUUGUUGCGAGACCUCAGGCCAGUCCAUUACAGACUACAAUGGGGUGACACAGCUCAAGGAAGAACAUUUAUGAUCCUAUGGGACCCUAUAUGUACUGUUGAUGAAGUUAGGUGCUGUUCUGAGCAUUAUUUGUGGCUAUAGAGUGGCUUUUUGGUUGAGGUUUGUUUAUGGUUCCUGAGACUGCUGUGUAUUGCUAUCGUGUGGUCGUUACUAAGGUUGGUAUAACUAGAGAAGCAAGCGCUCGUCAACAUUGGGCUCUUGAGGGGGUGUCUAAACUUGGUGUUACAGUGUGUUUGACCCUAAAUUAAUUUUACUCCGGAAUAUCCCUUUCAGUUCCUCAUUGAGGCUUUGAAAAAAGGGUGUUGUUGAUGUUUUUUUUCUUCUUUCAUCCAUUGAAGGCUGACUACAUCAUGCUGGCCGGUCUGGACGACACCAACGAGCUUGUGGAUGGAGGAAAGAAAGGAGCGAUAGAUGACCUGGAGGAGGGCGAGCUGCAGAGAUUCAUUGCCAAACUGGGCUUCAACGCCUUUUCAGGAGUGCAGGUCAUCCCAGAUGAGCCUGAAGGUGAGGGUGAAGGUGAGGCAGGUGAGAAGGAGGGUGAAAAAUCGCAAACCAAGAAAGAAUCUGCAGAGGAAGAAACAUCUGGUGUCCAGCAGAAAGUUAAAAACACCCAGAAGUUGGAGGAGAGACAGAAGAAGAAGAAGAAAGACGCUCAGAGCACAAAUGUGAAGAAGGCGAAGCAGAACGUGAACGUGUUUGAGUUCCAUCAGCGUCAGGUGCUGCUGGUCAAACCUGGAGGGAAAUGGUUUGACCAAGAAUACACCACUGAGGGCUCAGCAGACACACAGGACGCCACGCUGGUGUCUCAGUACAAAACGCUCGCUCAGCGGCUGUACGAGUCGGAGGUGGCGCUCUACAAGAGCAAGAAGGUCCUGCAGAAAGGAGCCAACUCCUCCUGGAUGAAGACUGUUGUCUCCUCUGGCGUGUUGGCUGACAGGAUGGCGGCCAUGACGGUUCUGAUUCAGGACGCCCCAGUGCACACUCUGGAGCACGUGGAGAGCCUGGUCGCCAUGGUGAAGAAGAAGGGCAGCAGGCGGAUGGGUCUGAUGGCGCUGGACACUCUGCGGGAGCUGCUGCUUUCUGACCUGCUGCCAGAAAACAGGAAGCUCCGCCCCUUCGCCCAGCACCCGUUUGACCAGCUGGAGGAGAAGGCCAGCGGGAACAGGGACACCCGAGACCGCCGCCUUGUCCUCUGGUACUUCGAACACCAGCUGAAACAUCACAUCGCUGAGUUUGUGCAGGCUCUGGACGGCGUGGCUCACGACACAGUGGCAGCCACCAAAGCGAAGGCGCUGGCCACCGCCCAUGAGCUGCUGUGCAACCGCCCAGAGCAGGAGCGGGCGCUGCUCAUCCAGGUGGUCAACAAACUAGGAGACCCCGAGUACAAGACGGCGGCCAAAGCGUCGUAUCUGUUGGAGACGUUGCUGCACAAACACCCAAACAUGAAGGCGGUGGUGUGCUGCGAGGUGGAGCGGCUCAUGUUCCGACCAAACAUCAGCCCGAAGGCGCAGUACUACGCCGUCUGCUUCCUCAGCCAGGUGAUGCUGAGCCAUGACGAGACCGAGCUCGCUGCCAAGCUCAUCACCAUCUAUUUCUCCUUCUUCCGUGCCUGCGUCAAGAAGAAGGACAUCGAGUCCAAGAUGCUGAGCGUGCUGCUGUCAGGCGUGAACCGGGCAUAUCCCUACGCCGGCACCGGAGACGAGAAGGUGAAGGAGCAGUUGGACACGCUGUUCAAGGUGGUUCACCUGGUGAAGUUCAACACGGCUGUGCAGGCGCUCAUGCUGCUCUUCCAGGUGAUGGACUCACAACAAAGCAUCUCUGACAGAUACUACACGGCCCUGUACAGGUAAGGGUUGUGUUUUUAUUCUCUCUUCUGUCUCCGACUCUCUAAUCCUCGUCAGGUCAAGAUUUCAGGAAGUUUCGUGAAUAAGAUUCUUUGAGAAAAUGUGGAUCUUUAAAUUUCUGUAAAGAAGAAAGUUUUGGACCAAAACAUUAAAAAGAGUUUUUACUUUAUCAGUCAGAGCAGAAGGACUCAAAGUCGUUCGUUUCUUCUGGACUGUAGCAGUGACGGGUUUUUAACUCUCCUUCUUCUUCUUCUUUGUAGGAAAUUGGUGGACCCCGGUCUUUCAUCGUCCUCCCGUCAGAGCAUGUUCCUGAAUCUUGUGUAUAAAUCUCUGAAGGCCGACGUGGCGCUGCGGCGAGUCAAAGCCUUUGUGAAGCGUUUGCUGCAGGUCAGCGCAGAACAGAACGCCAGCUUCGCCUGUGGGGCGCUCUUCCUCGUAUCUGAGGUGAUGAGGACCAAACCCGGCCUCAGAGUGCUGAUGCAGCAGAACGGGGUUAGACAGCACAUCUUUACAUCUUUUCUUUGAUUCUGUGUUCAUAAAGUUGUAAAGCUUUUUUAAUAAUUUCAUCAUUUUCCUAUUCAAAACGUUUUUAUUCUGUUUUUGUCAAAGUAACAAUUUAACUUCAUGGUAUUUUAUUUGUAUCAGAAAUCAUUCUUCCUCUCUGCACUAAUCAGAAUUUUUUUGAAAACCUCAGUUCGUUGGAUUUUUGGUUUUAGUUUUCCUUCUGUUUGUUCAGGACGAGGAUGAGGAGGAGUUCAAAGACCAGGCUGAAGAGAAAGACGACGACGAUGAUGAUGAUGAAGAGGAACACUUUGUGGACGCUGAUAAACUGGAGGAAGGAGCAGUGAGUGCAGUCAAAGAGGAGACCAAACCUGUUGCAUCAUGGGUACAUCACCAGAACCUGGAAGGUCAGUGAGCUGCUCAGACCACCAUCAGCUCUGAGAUUCAAGUUCAGGUUGAACUUCAGGUGUCUGUUGGUUCCUCAGUCUCAGGUAUAAAGAAAAAAACUGAAUUUAAAGUAUUUCAAACAAAAACAUCAGAGAGUCUCUGAAUUUAACCAGACCCAGAAAAGAUAAAGAGGAAAUGCAGAUUCGUUUGCAGAUGAGCAGAAAAAAUGAGGUUUAUUCAAUUUAUUAAUGAUGGUUUACUCGCCCUCUAAACAGGAAGGUACAUCAUUUAACAGGAUGAUUGUAGUUUCUUUGACUUCUUCACAUUUUUAAUAGACAAGCCCAUACUCAAAGUGUUUGUUUCUAUUUUGCUGAAUCUUUUUUUCUCGCACCUCUAGGAGGGAAGACCAAACAGAGCUACGACCCGCUGCACAGAAACCCCUUAUUCUGCGGCGCCGACCACGCCACUUUAUGGGAACUACACAGGGUGAGAGACGCGUCUGUCUAUGUGAAUGUGUUCUUACUGAUGAAACCAGUGUGUCAUCGUAGUCUGGGGUCAAUCUGGUUCCUAAAACCUGACUUUGAGCACAUUUAUAUCAGUUACUUUUAAAACUUGAUAAAAGGUUCAAAUCUUUGUCGUCUGAAAUCCUUUUAGUCUGGAACAAGCUCACCUCCAUCCACAGUGUCUCAAAAUCUAAUAAAUCUAUGCUGACUGUAGUAAGAAACAGAUGAUGAAGAUGAGUUUAAAGAGAACCUCACCACUUCUCCAGCCAGGAGUUCAGACCAUCUUAGUCCAGGACUCUCUGUUGUAUGACUCUGUACUGUUUUCUGAGCACCUUUAAACACUGAGGUUGUUUUUUUUCUGUAUCUGCAGCUCUCUCAGCACUUCCACCCGUCUGUGUCGCUGUUUGCAAAAACCGUCCUGCAGGUAAAACUUGAAUCAGAUCCGUUCAUUCAGAUCUUUGUGUGAAUCUUUACAGGCAAAUGUUCCUGAAAUCUUUCUGAGUUCUUCAUUCCUCCUUCCUCUGAUAGUUUUCUGAAUGAUUGUGCCUUUUGUUUCAUCUAUUAAACUGUUUUUGAAUCUCUCCACAGGGAGACUAUAUUCAGUACUCUGGGGACCCUCUGCAGGACUUCACCCUCAUCAGGUUCUUGGAUCGAUUUGUCUUCAGAAACCCCAAACAGCACAAAGGAAAACGUGAGGAAAAAAAGACUCAAUUUUUCGUUCUUGGUUGUUGUUUUUGUCGAGUAUCUUUUAAAAAUAAAACAGAUUUAAUCAGUGAUUUACAUUUUCAGAUGGUGGUAAAAACAACCUGAACUUUAAUCCUGUGAAACUGUUCUUGAUUUGAAUAGAAAACACAGAUUCUGCAGUGUUGCAGCCCAAACAGAGGUUACCCGGCCGGUCUUUACCAGGUAAGGUCCAGAACUUUCUCCAGCCUUUGAAGAUUUUCCUCCAUCAUGAUGAAGUCUCAAGUAGAAACAGUUUCUGCGUCAGUGAAUCGAUCUUCUUCUCUCUGUCUGUUAGUGAACUGUGAGGAGUUUCUGUCCAAGGAAGAGAAUCAGAUCCCUGUGGAGGAAAUCUUCUUCCAUCGGUGAGAACAUUCAGAUGUUUUUCUUUUAUUUCUGUUUCAUAUCAAACAAAAACGACAGACUGACAAUCAUGUUUUGAUUUUUAUCCCCUCGACAGAUUCUUUAAGAAGCGUCAGGAGGAGAAGCAGGUCCGUCGGCCCCGAAGAGACGGUGAUGAUGAGAGUCUGGAGGAUGUGGAUGAUGAUGAGUUUGAGAAAAUCCUGGGUGAGUAUGAGGUCAGAGUUUCAUUAGCAACUAAAAAUAGACACGAACAAUAAAUGAGCCAACGCUUCAUUUAAUUAUGAAGAUUAUGUUUUUAAAUAAAGAAAUAUAAAAAGUCUUAUUUGUUGAAGGGAAAACCAGAGGCACUUCAUUUAGUUUUAACUCAAACUCUGUUUGAGGGUGAGAAAUCUGACCCUGGUUUAUUUAAAGCUCCUGUAAGGAACUUUAUUUUAUUUUAAAACAUUGAUGAAUGAUGGUUUGCCCGUAAAUUUCUUUCUGCUCACAUGAAUGAGACCCAAACCUGUUUGAGUUCAUCCUGCUGUCUUCAGGAAUCAUCUCAGUGAAGAUGUUAACAGACAGUUUCUGAGAAAAGCUGACCCCAUGACUGAGGUCCAGCUUUAAAAAUAACAAAAAAUUAAACUUUCAAAAAUGAAAAAAACAGACAUUGAAUAAAAAAUACUUCACUGUCUGUGAAAUCAAACUACAAGUCUGAGGUUAUGAAUAAUUAAACUUCAUAUUCAGUCCAGUUUUCCGUUAUUAUUCACGUCUGUGCUGAUAUUGUCAGAAAUGUCUGUUUUUUCCUCAAAUGAAAUAAUGUGAUUUUUUUUCAAUUUUUUUUUUCAUUUUUGUUGUUGAUCAGAUUCCUGUGAAGGAGACUCUUAUUUCACUGAGAUGGAAGACACUAAUCUGGACUUUGCUGGGUAAGCACGGACAGCAGAUUAUUUUGUUUCAAAAUUCAUGAAUAUAAUCUCUGUGAUUUUUGUAUUUUGUGUAAAUUGAGCUCCUGAUUUCAAAUGACUCAAAUCAGACUCAGCUGCAUCUUUGACUGUGUCUGUUAUAAAGUUUGACAGCAGACAUGCAGUUUUAUUCCUGUUAAACUUGAGCAGGUUCAUGUUAUAAUAAUCUGUAACCUCAGAUUAUCAUAAACCCUUAGCACUCAGACCAAAGUUCAGCUGUUUAAAGGCGUAUUAGCUAUAAUUAAAUGACUGAACUCUCUCUCUCCUCUUUAUGUCCAUCAGAAAUGUGAAGAGUAAAAAAGGAAAGAAGGACCUGCAGGACUCCGAUUCAGACUUGGACGACUCGGACAUGGACAACCUGGACGAUGAGGAGGUGUCUCUGGGCAGUAUGGACGAGGAAGACUUUGGAGACGAGCUGGAGGAGGAGGGAGGGAUGUUCAUGGAUCCUGACGGAGGCGGAGACGAUGAAGAUGAAGAGGACGGAGGUAGAGAGGGAUUUUAUAACUCUGGUUCUACUCUCAGGUUUUUUGUAUUUCCAUCAUUUGAAGUCCUGCAGAAUUAGAGUCUCUGCGAGUUUCAUGUUGUUAACUCUGAGCUUUUACAUGGUGAUGGAAAUAUGAGCCUUUUGAAGUUUUCAAUCAGUUUGACGAUUUUGAGUCACAAACAAAAUAAAAUAUCUUAAUGUUUUCAAACUUGUCUUCUAGAGCCUGAGCUUGAAGAUGAAGAUGAAGAUGCUGCAUUUGAUGGUGAGCACACAUCUGUUUAAACUUCAAACUAUUAUAAAAUGUGCUUUAAAACAGGAUUUACGGAAGUCAAAGUCUGAGUACCUAGAUCUGUCUACUCGUACACAUCAAAAUACUCUGAAUAUGAGAAAAUGUCCUACAGAUUUAAAGUUUAAAUCAACAGUCAUGCAGAGGAAAGGGUUAAUACACCAUCAUGCUGAUCAGAGCACCAGACCAGCUUUACUACGGUCAAAGAGAAAUCACAAACCAAAGAAAAUAUUACUUUAUUAAAGGAAAAAAGGAGAAAUCUUUAAAAUGACCUUCACCACUGAUCCUGAAGUGAUGGAGAUAGUGGUGUCUGAUUAUAAAACCUCUUUAUUUCUCUGCAGAUUCAGAUGAGGAGAUGGAAAGUCCAGAAACUUCUCCUCCAGCAAAGAAAGGAAAAAGAAAAGCGCCAGAGGAGCUGGACUUUUCUGGAUCUGCAGGUGAUUUUAAAACCUCCACUCUCAAGUUUCUUUCUUCUCUUUAUUUAAAAAAAGAAAUCUAAAGUGUUUGAAGUGAAUAUUUUAGUCUGACUUCAUUUUUCAGCUGCUGCAGAAACAAAAAACUGAAUCUGUUAUAAGUUUUAAAUUUUGUUUCCCAGGCUCCAAACAGAUGAAGAAGAAGAAAGGGAAGAAAGAGGCCGUCACGUUUGCAUCUGCUGAUGAGGUGAUUUAACUCGUUUAAAAGUUUCAGUAGUUUUACAGGUUUAUUUGACAUUCUCUUUAUUUUCUUUUAAAUGUGAUUCCUUGUUUUUCAGUUUGGCUCUCUGCUGGAUGAGAACGCCGGCUCCAAGUUUGACAACAUCGGGAUGAACGCCAUGGCCAACAGAGACAAAGCAGGUAAGAGCCACACCUGUGAACACCUGAGUCAGAGGGGCUGAGGUCCCCCUGUGUGGGGUUUGCUCCUGUUAGAGCUCACUGUAUGUCUCAUAAAUGAUUGUUUCUUGGUUUGAAAGUGCAGGUUAGUCUGAACAUGACACCAGAGUAAAAGAUAAAACAAGCCAAGAAUCAGCUGUGAGGUUUUUAUUGAGUUUACUGGAUACCAGCUGGUUUAUGAACUUCUCCACAGAGAGAAAAACAGACCUCAUGGGUUAAAUCUCAGACUGUCCUUCCAUCAGAUUCGUAACCACCAUUAGUCUAAAGAUCCUCCUCUUGUCUCUUUUUUCCUAAUACUUCCUGUUUGUCCCUGCAGCGCUGAAGCAGCUGAAGUGGGAGGCCCAGCGCGACGACUGGAUCCACGGCCGAGACGCCAAGACGCUGCGCAAGAAGAAGGCCAUGUUCAACAAGAAGAAGUCGUUUGGCAAAGCGAGGGCGGGAGGCAAAAUGACAGGGAACAAGAAGAGGAGGAAGUAACGGCUGCUGUGUUUGUUGAUGUGGAUUAUAAUAAGUGACAGUUUCAGUCCUGUUUGGACGCCCAGAAUUCGUGGUCCUGCUCUCUGACCCCGUAGAUUCCCGCCAUCUCGUUGGAUUUGUAAUAAACUGAAAGGAAGGAGAGAGGCGAGGGUUCAGGAUCUAACAGGAGAAAACGUGAUCUGAGCAGGAGCCAUGACUGUUUCAGUCAAAUUAAAGACUUUGGUAAACAGUUUAUGUUGUCAUGGUUACAUAUUUACCACACAUUAAUCAUCAGAUUUAAUUAUUUUCCUAUGGUGGCCAUCUUUUUAUUACAUCAUGCCCAGAGUGGGAAACUAGCCUGUCAUGCAGUAUUACAGUGUUCUGGGUCACAAACCUCGACAUAUUGAAUAUUUACGGUGAUCUUACAGAUCUAAAGAAAGAGACAGUCAGGAGAGAGACCGGGUCAUACUUAAAGGUAAAAUAAUAAUUAAAGGUAAUUAUUUUAAAGAUUCCUGUUUUGGAAGAGUUUAGGUUCAUGUCGGUGUGUUUUCACCUCAUCGAGCAAUCAAUAAUUAUGAAUUAUUAUUAUUAUUAUAUUUUGAAAGAAAUAUCAAGUUUACAAGAAAAAUUUCUCAUCCUGAAGACCACCGGUGCUAUGGUUUAAACAGCAACCCCAGAUACUCAUGACCUCCAGCUCAAUGAUUACAUGGUGGUUAUAGAAACAAGCUGAAAGGCCCCAUUUAAAAAGGUCUCUGAUUCAACCGUAACACCAUAUUACGAGGAGAGCUAACGGGCUGUAAAAACAGACACCCACGUGAGUGUUUGAGCCUCCAGUGUAUUCAUCUGUGAAAUAAUCAUUAUAAUUUCUCUGUGACUUUCAACAUUAAUGUUUACCAGGAAGUGGCCGAAUGCUUACGUUAGAUGUGAUGUUAAUUUGACUCACAGAUUUUUAAUUUAAGACUUCAGGUGAUCAGAUUAUCAAGGUUUAUCCUACUUGUAACCCAGAACACUGAAAACAUAAGCAAGAAAACACAAGUUUCAUCAUCUAUUUCUUACAAACCAGACGUUUAUGAGUGUACAGUUCAAUCAAAAAUAAAAUAUUACUGUUUUCAGAUAGA